GGAUUUAUCUUUUUCAAUGGAUUAAAACAUAACUCAGCCUCUGCAAGGUGUAUGACAGCGCCACCUGCCUGACCCAGCACCACUGGGGCAGUGGGCACUCCCAGCAUCCCUGCUAGCCUACAGCCUUCUACAACUCCCCAGCUGAGUAUUGGCAAGGGUAGUCCAUUAACAGGGAACUCAGGUUGUCCCCUGGUCAUCUGGACCAGUUAGAAUAAAUUCCUGCUUGGGAUUAGAACAAGCUCCUGGAUGUGGAGUGGUCCUGUAGCAGCCAAAGUGGAACUUCAGUUUCUAAGUUUGGCCUAAAAUCAACUAAGGUGUGAAGUCUGGGGAAGUCCUGGAGCCCAGUGAUAAACAUGGUGUAGGGGUUAUUCAACAAUGUAGGAAAAAUCCAUCCUUCUUGCCUAGCUGUGAAAUUUUUAGUCCUAGCACUGCUGUAUGGGAGCUGGAGACUGAAGCGGAAUGAAGGCCCCAUGUGCCAGGUGGAAGAUAAGAGCUAAUCCCUACUUUGAAAAUAGCAUCAUCUACAUAAGCAAGAUGGAUGCAGCCAAGUCCCAUCCCAUCUUCUGAGAGCAGAUCUAAGCACACAGCUUAGCUGAUUUCCCUACUGGCAUGUCCUGAGCCCCUGUUCCCCCAGGAUGCCUAAAUUCCCCAAUCAGCUGUUCUCCUGUGUUAAAGAGAUGGAUUUAACCCAAAAAGGCUGGCUGGAUCCUGAAAACCAAUCAUGCAGCCCACCGUUCCUCAACAGCCCAAGGGGAGAAAAGUCAUCUGCUGCCAAAUAUUUAUUGUCAGGAAUGUGAGGCCCCUGCUUCUGCUUGGGGGAUUCUGCCUAAGUCUUCAAUUGCGCCUUGUGUGUUACAUCCCAGUGCAGACAAUCAUAGCCUUGAUCUUGGCCAAGAGCAGGAAUAGCCAAGAGCCAGAAUUGCCCACCCAUGCUUUUCCAGCAGGGAGCAAAGCACACCCUGCCCCAGGAGCAGUCUGAAUGCAGCCGCACACCAUCUUGCCCAGAAAGUCCUCAGGUUUACUUCAGCCCCCUGGUUUACUGCACCAUCUCUGCAGAACCCCAUGCACAUGACAAUAUGGCAUUUCACUCUUCAUUAAAUGUCUCCAUUGAUACAAAGAACAUCAAAUUGUUCAUUACACAUCCCCUUAAGUAAUAGGGUGCUGGGCACUGACCCCCAGGGCUGUAUUCAUGGACCUGAUCCUUCUCCAAGUAAUUCUGCUUAGGCUUUACCAAAAGCCCAUUAACACAAGGACCUGCCUAAGUAGAAGGAAGAUGAGACCCCUCAUUUAUGGAGAUGACUUGCUCAUCUGGUUGGCUCAGCAAUUUGUUCAUUUGGGAACCUAUUUUUACCAUGAAUGACUAAGCACAUCGUUUUGGGGGCUGAUGGCUUUUCCUUUUUCCGCUCUUUCUUGGAUUUAUUUAUUUUUAGGUUUCUUUGGGAGCGAAGGGAAGCAGAAUGCAGGAUGAAAGCUCAGAGAACAGAAGACAGAGAUCAAGGGAGAGUGGGAAGAUUUGAUUUACCCCUCCAAGUCUCAUGCUGCCUUACUGCUUAUGGAACUUAGCAAUCCACUGAGGAAUUUUAUAGGGUUAAUAAGAAAGGAACGUUCAGGAGGCUGUGGAAUUUUUCCUUCAGAAAAAAAAAGAGAGAAAAAGAAAGCAGGGUCAGGUUCUGCUAAGGGUUUUCUGAAGAGCUCGAGUAGGAUUUGAGAUGGAAGAUUUUCUCACAGGUCUUACAGCACUUGAUUAUGCUAUAGCCCACGUGUCUCUAACAUGAUUACAGGAGAAUUGCUUUGGGGCAGGAAGCAUCCUUCUGUUCUGUUUGUCCCGUGCUUAGCACAAGGGGAAGCCAGCCCUGAUGCCACAGUAAUGCAGGUGAUUAUUCAUACUCACCCCACCUUUUAUUUGAAAGGAAAGUAGUCCUGGGCCAUAUGGUUGAGGGCAUGCAUGCAAGACCUUUGAAGAUGCCUAGAAAAGUGGAGGAGGGUUAAAAUAAUGCAGAAUAUUGAGGGGUUUUAUUCCCUCCAUUUUUUAUGUCAGUUCCCUGGGGGAAGGGUCACAUAAAUGGUUUUGGAACCGGUGAUGCUGCAUAUAUGCCACUGUGGUCCACAUAAUAAACCUCUCACCACUCACACUUAAUAUCAAGGAAGAUGAUAAACCAAAGACAAAAAAUUGCUCUGCAAACUAUAGGGAUGACCUGGUACCUGGAGAAGAGGAAAAGCAGCUAUUCAAACCUCCCUGACCUUUCAGUCCUAUUCAUACCAGGGAAUGUGACUUGUCUGUGUCGAUCUCACGUUCCCCUACAUCACUCUGCUGCCUCCUCUUGUCUGCUCCAAACCUCCUCUGACCUUUUUCUCUGCUCACCCUCUAUCCCUGCCUGACAUUAAGAAGAGGAGUAGCCUUACCCACUCAACUUUUCCCAGACAAAUGAACAGCCAGCUCAUCAUAGCACCAGUCUGCAUCCAUGGGGUUUCAUUUUUUCUCCUGAGCCUGCAGGGAGGAUGCUCUGCACAGCUGAGUUUGUCCAAGCCCUCCAGAAAAGCUGAUGACAGCUGGCCAUGGUUCUGCCUCUCCUGCAAACCUCUUAAUCCCACAGGAGCAUCACUCUCACCCUAGCACUGCCUCUGUUUCUUGGCAGCUUCUUGCAGAAAGACCUGGGUCUCAUCACAGGCAGCUGUAGCACUAAUAAAACCUUCUUUACUUUGGCAGGACCCAACGCCACUCCAGCAGCAAUAAAUCCUGAACCAGAGGGCAAUUUGUCCUUUUUUAACCAAUGCAGGCACCUUCAGAAGGAUUAACUGGUCUCAUGGAAACUGGAGCUCCUCCAGCCUCAGAGACCUGUGAAUGUGCAAGAAGUUUCCCCACAUCACACCAACCCACAGGGAUGAAGAUAGGUUUUUCACCCAGGUCCACAGUGGUGAACCCGCAAACAAGGCUGCAGCGAGACCCCGCUACCAAGCGCUCUGUGGGUGACACUGGGGAGAACAGGGCCGAGCAUCCCCUUCUGAUGCUCGGGGAAGCCGCUCGGCCGGGGCCCAGGAGAUGCCCUUCUCCAGCGGGGCGCUACCAGGAUGCUCCAAGCAGGAGGUCAGAGCGCGGUGACGCCGCGGCAGCCACCACGGAGAGGACACAGGACCCUCCCUUGGGCCCGCCAUGCCCUUUUGAGGGGGUGGCCUGGACCCCGAGACCCCCGCAGGGCCCCCCGCAGGGCUGCUUCGCCUGCAUCGCCAAGCCCCCAGCUCUCCGGCAAGCUUCGCCUGUCCUGUCUCCUUCUUCUGCCGUUUAUCUCAUGGAGAGCAAGAGCUGCAAAGGGGACAGCCUGCGCCCAGCGGUCCCGUGCAAGCACUCGGUGGAGAAGAAGACCAUGACCAACCCCACCACCGUCAUCGAAAUCUACCCUGACACCACCGAGGUGAACGAUUACUAUCUCUGGUCCAUCUUCAACUUUGUAUACCUCAACUUCUGCUGCCUCGGCUUCAUCGCCUUGGCCUAUUCAUUGAAAGUCCGGGAUAAGAAACUCCUCAAUGACUUAAAUGGAGCAGUUGAAGAUGCCAAGACAGCCCGGCUUUUUAACAUCACCAGCUCAGCCCUUGCCACCUUCUGUAUCAUUCUUAUCUUCAUCUUCCUGCGAUACCCUCUCACUGACUACUGAGUGAGGCCAACAGCAGCUGCUGCCGCCAAAAUGCCUCUAUGCCAGAAGUGUCUGCAGUUUCUUGUAGCAAGGACACACAAAACAAACCAACCACUACACCUGAUUGCCAAAAAAAAAAAAGUCAAUUAAAUACAUAAAUAAAAGUUAAAUUAGUUUAUCAGCCCAGCUGAGCAUACCCUUCUUGCCCUGAAAUGGUAUGUGAACAGCUGAAGGAAAGGGUUGCACUCUUACACAUGUACAGGAAGAAAAACAGACCAAGAAAUAUUUGUUUUAUGAUGAACAAGCUGUGUGAAAAGAGCAUGCAAACCCAGAGCUAUGCCCACUUAGUGUCAGACAGCUGAUCUCUUUGGAACAGUGGGGUCCUGUGGAGCUGGAGACACAUACAGUGUUCAAUGGGGAUCAUGGCAGGGCUGGCUCACAACAUAUCAGGUGUGUUCAGACCACCCCACCACCCCCAGCUUGUGGGGGUUUCUUUUCCUUUUUUCUCUUGAAUUUCAUUCACUGGUUCAAACAACUCCCAACCCCUGAAGAGCUGAAGGUGUUAGGAAGUUCAUGCUGGAGAGCCCCAAAGCCUCCAGAGAAACCCCAAAGUGUUAAAGGGCAGGUUUCUCCUUGGGAUCUCCCAGCAGUGCUGAGAAGGAAAGCACCUUCUGGAGAACUCACCUAAGCCACCUAAGUGGAGUGCUACUGUA